GCCUUAUUCAGAAACCAGUGAUCCAUCUCCUCAUGAGAUGACCGAAGAAGAGAAACUGCCUCCACCGAUAAACAUGAGAGAAAUAGAUUUUGAUGUAUCGUACACAAAUAACGUCCCCACCGUUGUUAAAGCUGAUUCUUCUUCAUACCAAGUGGAGAGUUUUGGCGAUCUCCCGCUGAUGAACUAUAACUCUAAGUUACAUUCAGUCAGUUCGUAUCACGUGCCACAUUAUACUGUAACACACACAAAAUCUCAAUCACUGCCAUCACCGCCAGUUUCAACAUCAUUCUCAUCAUCGAGCUCCUAUUCAUCAUCAUCUCUUCUCAAGCCAUCUCCUGCCGCAGCCUCCGUGAAGGCUCCACCAGUAGAGCCGGCCCCUCCACCUUCUGCUGCUAAAGAGCAGAGUGAUGCCCACCUCAAAGCUACCAAGAUCUGGUCCCAUAGGUCCAAGGGUGCAGCUUAUACCUUGCAUGAUGAUGGCACCCUGACUCCAGAGUGGCCGAGACCGAAGUACGGUUAAUUAUUCCUUC